GGUUGACCAGCAGAGGGCUCAUGCUUUGUCCACACUGGACAGACUGGCACGGCAAGUCGCUGUGGAAAAACUGGAGAGGCUUGAAAAGUGCAAAGCUUUCAAGAUUUGUAGAAAUGUAGCAUUCCAUCAGUGUCUCAGCAAUGGAUGCCCUGCAGUGAAUGGGUGCCGUCAGAAUGAGAGUCCAAACAGCUGAUAAAAACAUCACAGUAAUCCACUCCAGUCCAUCACUUAACGUCAUCUUGAGAAGCCAAAAGCUGCAUGUUUGUAAGAAACAAAUUCAGCAUUCAGGUGUUUUAAUUUUAAUCUGUCGCUUCUGGCCAAAAUAUGAGUCCAAUAUCCAUAAUAACGCUUCCUCCAGUGAAAAAGUCCAUCCUCUGUGGUCCUCUCACAUCUAAAAGCAACAGUUUAAAGGGGUCAUCGGAUGCCCAUUUUCCACAAGUUGAUAUGAUUCUUUAGGGUCUUAAUGAAAAGUCUGUAACAUAGUUUGGUUAAAAUUUCUCAAUGGUAGUGUAAAACAACUCCGUUUUUACCCUGUCAAAAACAGCUCUGUCUACAGCAAGCUGUUUUAUUGCAUGUUGGUUUAAAUGCAAAUGAGCUCUGCUGACCCCGCCCCUCUCUUCCGAGUCGCUCUCUGAGAGACGUAAACUUUAGCUACAUUCAUCAUGAAACUUGCUAACAAGCACAUUAUUUGCAAAGAUUCAUUAAGAAAAUACCUUACACUCACUUCUUCGGGAGGUGAAGCUGGAUCACGAAUGAUUCACGCAAAGAUUGACACAUGUAGGUAGAUCGGGGGUGCAUUCCCUUCAAAAACAAAUGUAAUCCACUGCAUCUUCAGCGGCUCAGAUGUCGGGAGUAAAUGACGACUGCUGUUAUUACAUCCAACAAAACACCUCAAUCACUCAGGAGACAUUCUGGACUACAGCUGCUCCGGCAUCAAAACGAUGGCGGACUGAUGACAGCUCACUCAGGGCGGGUCUAAGGUAAAACGCUACUGUCAAUCAAACAAUCGUGGGAGGGGCCUUGUCAGUGUGAUGUCACACAGAUAGGCAUCUGAGAUCGGCUCAAUUUGAGAAAGGGGAAAUGAUUUAACGAGAUUAAAAAAAAAACACUGGGUGGAUCUUUAUCAUUAUAGGGUGGUUGUGUACACACACUGCCAACACACAUUUCAGUUCUAACAACUUGUAAAAGUGCAUGUCGCAUCCGAUGACCCCUUUAAAGGAUUAGUUCACUUGCAGAAUAAAAAUUUCCUGAUGAUUUACUCACCCCCACGUCAUCCAAGAUAUUCAUGUCUUUCUUUAGUCGAAAAGAAAUUAAGGUUUUUAAGGAAAACAUGACAAGAUUUUUCUCCAUAUAGUGGACUUCAGUGGCGGCCAAGGGGUUGAAGGUCCAAAUUGCAGAUUCAAUGCAGCUUCAAAGGGCUCUACACUGCAGAGGAUCCAUUGGAGAAAAUAAUUUCACAGCAAGCACAUGGGAGGCACGAACUGUCGGCCAGCCAUAGUAAUAGUGGCAGUAGCGAUGCUAAGCGCUGUGUGGAUAUUUGGCUAAAAAUGCCAGAGUUACAGCCCGGCACCGUUAACUCAGCCAACUCACUGUGGAGACGCAGACUGGCUCCCGUUGCAGCAAAAUGUUCUCCUCAAACCUGCCCGGUCAUCAACUGCGGCAGAGUCUAUGACAAUGUUCCUUUGCUCGAGGGUCAUCUUAAAAGGUUUGAUCAUUCACCCAGUGAUCCCACGGUUACCCUGAGAGGCAGCCCCUCUGCUUUCUAUGCCUGUGUGGACUGUGGCCGCUGCUUUCAUUCCAAACGGGCGUGGAAGGACCACGUGGAAUCUAAGGUGUUUGUCCCUGAAACUGAUGGUCACAGCCGUUUCCAGAGCUAUCAGCUGAUUGUAUGCUUUGCAUGUCCUGCCUGUUACCUCCUCUUCAACAUCAAGGACGAAUGCCUUGAGCACAUGUCUGCAAAAAAACACUUCACUCAGUCCAUCAUUCUCUGGGAGACAAAACCAUCAAGCGCACCCAUACCAGUUCCUCGGUACGCAAAGAACCGUUUAAUCGCUCUCUGUAAGGACGUUGCCUUCACCGUCAAAUGCACAGCCUGCGCUAAGGUGCUCCCCUCGCAUAUGGAGGCGAGAGCACACUUCAAUGUGCACUGCAAUUACGGCUGCGCUAUUGUCAGUGCUGAUCAAAGCGUGGCUGACAUCAUGAGGACGAUGGCGGUCAUGGGUCAUUGCUCCUCAUGCCCCAAACCUUUUUUUAGCUUGAGUGAGAUGGAGGAGCACAAAGAGCUCCUGAAACAUGAGGUGAAAAGGGUCCGCAGCAUGGACAGGGCCCUUCUGUACUACAGCAACUACAGUGAAAUCCAACUCGCUCAGAAGGCCACGGCAUGUGGGAGUGAUUCAGACGGGCCUUCAGUUAAACGAAAAAGACUGGCCAGCAUAGAUUCCCAAGCUGAACCAAGAAAAUGGUCACAGCUCGCCUGGUUCUGUGAGUGCGGCCUACGCUUCACAGAGGAGGAUCAAGCAAGAAAACACCUCCAAGCCGCCAAUCAGAUCUUUCACAAAUGUGCAGUCUGUGGCAAGAUAAUGGGCGAGUCGUCCAUAGCGCGCUUGCACAUGAGCCGGUUCCACGGUGGCGCUCAUUUGUCCAACUUCCUCUUCCACUGCAGACAGUGCAAGGUGGAAAUGCCGAGGAUGGAAGACAUCAUGGCCCAUGUUGGCGUAAGCCACAGAGGGCACAGCUACUACCAGGAAAGAGAAGACAUAGCAGACGACUGCGUCUCGUCUAGUAUGUCCCCCAAACCAUCCACUAGCACCGAAACGGAAACCGUUUCCUCUUGCAUCCCGCCUCCCAAAGCAGAGUCUUGGCUUUGUCGCAUGUGUGAAGACCUCUUCGACUCUGAGGCGGCGGUGCGGAAACACUGCGGCGAUUUGAGCAGCCACAGUUUCCAGAGGUUUGCCUGUGGCCACUGUCCGCAGAAGUUUUUCAAGGACUCCACCCUGCGGCGGCAUUGUGCCAAUGAGCACGGCGGCGACAUAGUCCUGCGUUACUUCUGUGGGCUGUGCGAUAGCAUGCUGUACGACACCGAGGCAGAGUUUCAGGAGCACUACAACAGUCUGCACAGCCAAGAUUUCUGCUGCUUGGAAGCGGCUCAGAAUAAUUCCCAAGCAUCCACGGAAAACACCGUUGAGAGCCCAAUAGCGAGUACAAGCCCUGAGCAACUUUGUCCUUGCAUGGGCUCUGAGAAAUCCAAGGUGGAAAGGAAACCUGUAUUCACAAAGUGCAUGAAACAGUUGGCCACAGAAAAUAAAUGCAGUUACUGCUGUCGCCAGUGCGACAAAAACACGCCCACCUAUGCUGAGAUGAAGACGCACAUCCUCCUGACACACAAGACCCAGGGCAAUGAGAAGAGUUUUGAUGUUCUGUGCACGGUUUGCUCACAGAGUCACAAAGAUAUACCCAGUUUUCAUUGGCAUUACCAUAAGCAUCACUGCCAGUCAAAACCUUGCGCUUCUUCCCGACCCAGCGCUGCAGACGAGAAACCGGCGGCCUCCACCAGCAUAAUAAAUGCAGAGGAGAUCUUCCCUCAGAGUAAUGUGGCAAAGUUUCAAGAUGUAAAGAAUGCCAUUACCUCAAGUAUUCUUGGUGUUAAAAAAGAGGUGACCGUUUCACAAGAUGGUGAUGAUACAUUUGAUCAGGACAUAAACCUGGCUUUGGCUUUGAGUGCAGAAGAGGCCAGGAAAUCAAAAGAGCUGGAUAUUGAGUUGGAAGAAGCCUUGAAAAGAAGCUUGCAGGAGUUUUGAUAAGUGAAGACACAAUUCAUGUGUUUAUUUUCCCAUGUCGUUCGUGCACUGGCGUGAUUAAACGUAUUUCUUUUCAUUCUGUGUUUUUCUUAAGUUUAAAUAAAGGAAAGUAAUUAAAGCA